AUGGCGCCGGCCGCCACUCCGGAGCCUAUCGCCAUCUGCGGUAUGGCCGCCCGCCUGCCCGGCGAGGUGCGCACCCCGGCUGAGUUCUGGGACAUGCUGAUGGCCAAGCGCAAUGGGCUGGUUGAUUGGCCGCGCAGCAGCAGCAACGGCACCAGCGACAAAGAAAGGUCUCCCGCGGCCACCGGACGGUUCGACGCCGCCGGCUUCCAGAGCGACACGCCCGCCAAGAACACCCUCCAGGCACCGCAGGCAUACCUUCUCAACCAUGUGUCGAUGGGCGACUUUGAUCCCAGCUUCUUCCCUGUCGGCGCCAAAGAGGCUUCCCGCAUGGACCCAAUGCAGCGACAGCUCCUCGAGGUCGCCUAUGAGUGCGCCGAGAACGCUGGCGCCGCCCGGAACCUGUUUGGCGGCAACACCAGCAUCACCACCACAUGCGGCGUCGGCACCGGCACGAAAGAAACGGCCUUAGACUUGGCCGCACGCAAGGAUGUCGGCGUCUUUGUCGGCGUCUUCGGCGAGGAUUGGCUCCAGGAGAACGUCAUGGACAGCCAGCUGGCCGGCCUGUACCGCGGAACGGGCUUCCUCGACUUCCUCCAGGCGAACCGCGUCAGCUUCGCCAUGGACUGGCAAGGACCCAGCAUUGUCGUCAAGACGGGCUGUUCGGCCAGCCUCGUGGCGCUCGACAUGGCCUGUCACAGCCUGCGUGCCGGAGAGUGCGCCGCCGCCGUCGUGCUGGGCGUCAACCUCAUCACUUCGCCACUCAUGACGCUAUUGUACACGGCGCAGGGCCUUCUGAGCCCCUCGGGUUGCUGCAGGACCUUUGACGCAGCCGCCAACGGUUACGGCCGCGGCGAGGCCGUCAACGCCGUUUUCCUGCGGCGGCUCUCGGACGCCGAGCGAGCUGGCGACCCCAUCCGGGCGCUGGUGCGAGCCAGCGCCACGGGCCAUGACGGCCGCAAGAUCGGGCAGCUCAAGCCGGACGCUGCGGCGCAGGAGUUGCUGAUCCGCAAGACGUACGCGCUGGCGGGCAUCCCGGACUCGCAGUUCGGGGACACGGCGUGGAUCGAGUGUCACGGAACAGGCACCGCCGUCGGCGAUCCCAUCGAGAUGCGGUCCGUCGCCAACGUCUUUGGCCGCGACGGCACUAUCGUUGGCAGCGUCAAACCCAACGUCGGCCACUCGGAGGGCGCUGCUGGUCUAACGGCCCUGAUUAAGGCCGUGCUAUCGCUAGAGCACGGCGUGAUACCGCCAAAUAUCUUUUUCAACACGCCCAACCCUCUCAUUCCCUGGCAGGCGGCCAAGCUCCGGGUCCCAGUCGACCCUCUGCCGUGGCCCGACGGCCGCAAGAAACGGGUCAGCGUCAACUCCUUUGGAGUAGGCGGCUCCAAUGCCCACGUCAUUGUCGAAGACGGCAGACCGUCCAAAUCUCUGGUGCCUCGGGCUCCCACCGAGGCGGCCCGCGUCCUGCUCCUUUCCAGUGCCACCCACCCUUGGUCACUGCAGAAGCAGGUUCUCAACCAUCGAAACUACCUUCUAGAACGCCUGCCCGCCUCGCGUCAUGACUUGAGCAGUCUUCUCCAUGACUUGGCCUACACGCUCGGUUGCCGACGCCAUCACUUCCCUCUGCGGACGUAUACUGUGGUUCGAGUGCAACAAGAGGCCGAAAACGACUACGAGGACGAGACAAAAGCAGCCGAGAGCGGGCUGCUGACUUUCGGCGACGCAGGCCAUUCCGGACAGGUUCAGGACAAGACGCCGCCGCCCCGCGUCGCCUUUGUCUUCACGGGCCAGGGCGCUCAGUCGGUUCGUAUGGGUUACGAGCUGCUCCACGAUAAUAAUGUGUUUGCCGACAGCAUCCGCUACCUGGACCAGUGCCUGAAGACCCUACCGGAGGCUCUGGCACCCAAAUGGACUCUUUUUGAAGAGCUUUCUAAACCAGCUCCGGACAGCCUCAUAGAGGAGACUAGAUACUCGUUGCCCUGCUGCACCGCCGUCCAGAUCGGUCUAGUCCACAUGUUCCGGGCCUGGGGCGUCUUGCCCGCGGCCGUUGUCGGCCACUCGAGCGGCGAAGUCGCCUCGGCCUAUGCGGCAGGCGUCCUUUCAGCCCGCAAGGCCAUCAUCAUAGCCUAUCUGCGCGGUCUGGUACUGGAUGAGCUGCGGGAUGAGAAUGGCAAGCCGCAGCCGCGACAGCCGGGCAUGAUGGCCACAAUCGGCUUGGGAGCCAUGCAGGCUGAAAAGUUUCUCAGUCCCGGCGCUGUCGUUGCCUGCCACAACAGUCCGAGCAAUACGACCGUUUCUGGCGAUGCGGACGCGGUACAGGAAACCCUUCGAAAGGUUGUCGAGGCGGACCCGCGGAUCCGUUGCCACGCGCUCCGGGUCCGAACGGCCUUCCACUCCCAUCACGUCGGGCCGAGCGCGCUCAGGUAUGAGGAGCUGCUAAGACCGUUUCUCGACGGAUUAGAGACCAGCAGCCGACCCUUGGAUUCUCCUCCGCUGUAUAGCAGCAUCUCGGGGUCGCUCGAAGAAGACGCCGCGAAGCUGGUGGGAAGCGCGCGAUACUGGAGAGACAGCCUCGAGAAGCCCGUAUUAUUCCGGCAGGCUCUAGAACAGCUAGUUAGCUGCGAGAGCUCGCCCAACAACCCGGCAAACACCAGUACCAACAACAGCCAGCUCCUCCUUCUUGAAAUUGGGCCUCAUCCCGCACUCAGAAAGCCUAUCGCAGAGACGUUGUCGUCAUCAUCCAUGACGACCGAGCCACAAGCUUCGCACAUCGCGACCUUGCGCCGCGGCGAGAGGUCCGACGAGGCCAUGUUACGAACGGUGGGGGAGCUGUUCGUGCGCGGAGCUCUCACGGAGGCGAACAUGGAGUCCAUCUUCAGACCAGAUGGGUCUGCCUCACCUGCUCCACAUUGCCUGACCGACCUGCCUCCUUAUGCAUGGCACCACGGCACGCAGUAUCUGGAUCCGCCGCGCGUGGCCAGCGUUUACAAGAGCGCGCGGCAUCUCCCUCACGAGCUGCUUGGCGCCCGGGUCCCGGACGCCACCGACAUCGAGCCGUGCUGGCGCUGUGUUCUGGAGCCCGAAGACCAGCCCGCAUGGCUGACCCACCACGUCAUCGACAGCCAGGUAGUCUUUCCCGCCGCCGGCUUCGUCGCCAUAGCAGCCGAGGCUGUUCAUCGGCUUGGGCCCGGCCAUGUUGCCGACAAGAGUUACGUCAUGCGCAACGUCUCUAUCAGGUCGCCGCUUGUCGUGCCACAAGGGUCGACAUUCGAGCUCUUCACGAGGCUCUCGCAGGCUCAACACCAAGACCAAGACUCGGGCGACGGCGCCAUCGAGGACAAUUGCCCGGAGAGCACGUGGUAUGAUUUCCACAUCAUGGCCUUGGUGCCAGAUCGUGAUGGUGAUCAAUGGACCAGCCACUGCCGAGGCUUGGUUGCCGCUGGCGGUGUCGCUUCGGCCGCAUUUUCGAAUGGCAAGCCGUGUCAUGGCGGCACCGGCAUCGGCGCCGGUUGCGGCCCCACUGGGGGUCGGCGGGUCGGCCUGGACGGUGGCGGCGACGGCGAUGCACGGACCGUUGACUCCGCCGAGUGGUACUCCAUCGCCGACUCGGUCGGCCUGUCGUACGGCCCCUCGCUGCAGGGCCUUCAAGACAUCACAGCGUCCACCUCACGUCUGUUGGCAUCGGCCAGUGUUUACGACUACGAUGAAGACGAAGACGAAGCAGGGUAUGCGCUGCAUCCGGCCGUCUUGGACAUGGGGCUCCAGUUGAACCUAGUCGCCAUGUGCCAGGGGCUCGGCAAAAAGUGCGACCUACUCUUGCUACCAACCUACAUCGAGGAGAUUUCAGUGGAAGCAGAUACCACACGUCUGCUGCAGAAUAGGGGGAACAGCCCUCAGGCUCGGGAUGGCAGACUGAAGAUGCGCGCGGAGGUCAGUUGGGUGCGGAAGGGUAGAAGCCUUCAAGGCACCGUCACCGCCACUGCCAACGGCGAUGAAAGCUCUCACAACGAUGAUAUUCUUCCCCGCCUUUCCAUGCGAAACGUCAAGUUCAUGGCCAAACCGCCGCGGGCCCGGCGCACCCCCCAAGACGCCCCUCUGGCGACAACACAGCCCCAUCUUGCGUCCGUCUUUGAAUGGGCCCCGGACGCCGAACUCGUUAAUAUGGACAUGGUCGAUUCAGUGGUUGGAAUGGCCCGGCUGCUCGCCUUCAAGAACCCGCGCGUCCGCGUCUGCGUCUUCGCUCGCGACGGCGACGUAGCACUGGUCUCCGCCGUCAUGCGAGCCCUCGAGACCCAGGCCAUGUCCAACGGCAACGUAUUGGCAUCCCUGACGUACGCGGCCGCUACGACGGCAGAGCUGGGUCUGGCUCAGCUUUCUCUGCAAGAGGGCGAACAAUAUCAUGUGAAAUUCGCUCCCACAUGGCUGGACAUGUCUCAAAUCCUCUCGGCCCAGCUGGAAAAUCAUAGCGGUUUUGACCUUGUUCUCGUCGAUGGGCCCGCCGCCUUUACCAGGCUGUGCUCCAUCUCGGCUCCUUAUAAAAGUCCUUUGCCCGUUAAUCCUGGGGGAUGGUUCCUGGUCGACCGGUAUAGUGGCGAGGCCACGACUGAGACUGAGACCGACAGGAAGCUGGAGCAGCUCGGCUUCACACUUAUGCGCCGGCGUUCUCCCUCCUCUGAUAGUACAAACAAAGGAUUUUAUGCGGCGAGAGCUUUGCUGCCCGGUCACAGGAAACACGCCAGCUCGAGACAGCGACGUGUCGUUAUCAUACUCGCAACACCCGCACUCGAAGAGCUGGCCCGGUCACUCCAGAGCGCCUUGCAAGAGUCUGAAGUACGCUCCGAGAUUCGCGUUUGCCACUCUGGGAGCCAGCCGCUAUCUUCUGAUGACGAUGGCAACGAACAAACCGUCAUCGUAUCGAUGCUGCACCUGGAACAGUCGCCGGCAGAGGAAGAGCUCACUGCUCAGUCCUUCAGAAGCUACAUCGACAGCCUCCUCGCGGCUCGGCAACCCCGCGUCUGGCUUCUUCCGCCCCUCCAGCUGGGGAGUACAGGAUCGACAUCGCUGUGCCAUCGGCCCGACCCAGCGUGGCUGAUCGGUCUCACGCGCACCGCACGCACCGAGAACCCGGCACUAGACUUCACCACGAUCGAACUCGACAUAGUCAACACGCCCGUCCGGAUCGCGGCCGACGCCGUCGCUCGCAUCAUCGAAAGAUUGACCCAGCUCGGCCCCGAGUUGGAACCGGAAAUCCUGCAGCAUGACAGGCCGGACAUGGACCGCGAGCUUGGUGUCACGCCAGACGGGACUGUGCUGAUUCCUCGGAUGACAUGGUCAUCGCUCCAUGACGCUGCCAGCUCUGUGGAAGCGGAUACCGCGGACGAUAUUGGCGGUCCAGGACUUGUUUCGUUCCGUGAGGACGCAAGCUAUUUGCUAGUUGGCGGCCUCGGCGGGCUCGGGAGGUCCGUCUGCCGCUGGAUGGCCGCACGGGGGGCACGCCACCUCGUGCUAUUUUCUCGGUCUGCCGCCGAGCCCGAAGCGGCCACGCUUGCCUUGGUGGAUGAGUUGGCGUCCAUGGGAUGCGCCGCCGUUCGCGUGAGCGGGUGCGCAGAACACCUCCCGGCCGUCGAGCGCGCCGUCAGGGCAGCCGAUCACUCUGCCCCUCGCGGGCUCGCCGGCAUCCUCCACAUGCCCAUGGUCCUCCGUGACCGGCCGCUGGCAGACAUGACCUGGGACGACUGGACCACCGUCUUGGACCCCAAGGUGCGCGGUGCCUGGAACUUACACAACACUUUGCGCCGCCACCGGCGAGACAGGCUCGAUUUCUUCGUCCUCUUCAGCUCAGUCAGCGGCAUCGUGGGCCAGCGCGGCCAGGCCAACUACAACGCAGCGAACGCCUUUCUCGACGCCUUCGCGCUGUACCGCCGCGGCCUCGGCCUCCCAGCUAGUGUGCUGGACCUUGGCAUCGUUGGUGAUGUAGGCGCGGUGGCGCGCGACAAGGCGCUGUCGGCGCAGUUCCGCAAGGCCGGCUAUGUAUUUUUGGGAGAAGAUGCGGUCCUACAGGCCGUGAGCAUCGCCGUCAGCUCUUCCGCUCAGCCUCAGCUUGUCGUAGGCCUGGCGCAAGAUCCGCAGAACAACACAGCAACCCGGUCCGUCGUAUGGAAUCGCGAUCCCCGUAUGGCCAAGGGUUCGGGAUCGGUAUCUGAUGAAAGCGAUCGACUUGGCGGCGCGAGUGCCGCCGAUGCCAUCAAGAAAGAGACGCAGAACAUCAUCUCCUGGGCAAAGGAGUCCCCUGUUGGGCUCGUGACCGACACCCGACGGGAGUUACUGGCAUCCUGUCUCGGCAGGGCCGUCCACCAAGUGCUAGUGACGCCGCUGAAGCAGUUGUCGCUGACAAGGAACAUCAACUCGCUGGGCCUGGACUCCUUUGCCGCCGUCGAGCUGACGGCCUGGAUCCAACAGCACUUUGGCGUCCAUCUCUCGACCAUGGAGGCCAACACCAGCAUCAGUCUGCUGCAGCUGGCUGAUCUCGUCAUGGACAGGAUGGUGGUGAAGCACAGGCAGGCGAAACAGCCGGGAAAGCCUUGGAUAGGCGGAAACCAGCCGCACGCGGCGAUUGAUACAGCGUGA